ACGGAAAUGGACCCUGAGCGGUCCAUAAAUCAAAACGCGCACAGCGCGUUUUGUUAUAUUACCGUUGCAAACAUGGAAAGACCGAAAUACCCACACAUCUCUCAUCUCUGUGCGCGCUGUGCCCUCAUCUCUCAUCUCUGCUCUCCCUUCGCAUUUGACGCCUCCAUCUGUUCUCUCUGCCUUGCUCUGCCUUCGUACCAAAAACACUGAUCUGCUACCAAAAACCAGAUGGGUAAAAACACAACUUCCAACCCCGAGGCAAAAAAGGCUAGAGCAUUAUGGGAUAAUAAUUCAAGCUGGACCACUACUUUUUGUAAUCUUUGUGUGGAACAGAUUCAACUUGGGAAUAGGAAUAAAGGUGUUGCCUUUAAGACCAUAGGUUGGACCAAUAUAGUGACCAAAUUUUGUGAUGAAACCGGUCAAAAUUAUGAUAGGGAGCAAUUAAAAAGUAGGUGGGAUGUGUUAAAAGGUGAUUGGAGAUUGUGGGAAAAAUUGAGGAUGCAUGACACAGGUUUAGGUUGGGAUACAGCGAAGGGAACAAUUCUUGCUCCUGAUGAUUGGUGGGACCGAAAGUUGAAGGAAUUACCCAAAGCUAAAAAAUUUCGAGAGAAAGGUCUACAGAAUCUAGAACAACUUGAUAUAAUGUUUAGGGAUGUUGCAGCAACUGGAGAAGCUGCAUGGACCCCUUCUUCAAAUACACUCCCUCCAACAAUGCCACAAGAGGGUGCUGGUGAUUCGGAUGGUAGCUCCGAAUUUAAGGAUAAUCAAUGUGACAUGAGUUUAGACAUUGAUAGUUUGCAACAAGAACAUACUAGUCAAUCACGUAGUUCAGGACUUAAGCGAACUAGUGAAUCAAUACCCUCACAGAAAAAAAAGAAGAAGAUAGGAGGAGCUGUAAUGUUGGACAAUCGUAUUAGUGAAUUAAUAACUGUAUGUAAGAAUAAGUCUGAAGGUACUUCUCGAGAGUCACCAAGUUCAGUUGAUAAUGUCAUGGCGAUUGUGAGAGCACUUCCUGGAGUGGAUAGUAGUGAUAGUGAUGAUGACAGUGACAGUGAUUCUGAUGAUGAUGAUAGUAACGACGAUUCUGAUGAGUUUUACCAGCUUGUGGUAGUUACCUGUGAAGCAGUUGUGACAUAUUUCAAUAAGUACAUUAAUAAGACUCCUUGUUAUGAUUCUGAACAAACAGGGUGGGUUUGGGUGAGACGUUGUAUGGAAGGUAAUGAGAAAUUGUGUUACAACAUGUUUAGAAUGAAAAAGGAGGUGUUUCUUAAUUUGUGUCAAGUUUUAGAACGUGACUUUGGACUUCAACAUUCAAGGAAUAUAAGAUUAGAAGAGUCAGUGGCAAUCUGUUUAAUGAUACUUGGUCAUGGAACAUGUAACCGAAUGGUUCAAGAAAUAUUUCAACAUUCGGGUGAAACCAUAAGUAGACAUUUUGAGAAGAUGAUCACUCUGUUGGGUGCUCGCUUUGCAGCUGCAUAUGUAAAGCCUUCGGAUCCAACUUUUAGUGAAGUUCCAACCAAAAUACAAGACCAUCCAAUUUAUUGGCCACAUUUCAAAGAUUGCAUCGGUGCGAUUGAUGGCACACAUGUGACAGCGGUUGUACCUACUGAGAAGUCCAUUCCAUACUUUGGAAGAAAGGGAUAUCCAACCCAAAAUGUGAUGGCUGCAUGUGAUUUUGAUAUGUUAUUCACAUUUGUUUUGCCUGGAUGGGAAGGUGCAGCACACGACACUCACAUUUUUCUUGAUACUAUUCGUAAACAGAGUAACAACUUUCCGCAUCCACCACCAGGGAAAUAUUAUGUAGUUGAUUCUGGAUACCCAAUGAUGAAAGGUUAUUUGGCACCAUACAAAGGGAUAUCAUACCAUCUUCAAGACUUUCGAAGGAGAGGUGGAAGCCCUAGAACUAGACAUGAAAAAUUUAAUCAUGCUCACUCAUCUCUUCGAUGUACGAUUGAGCGCACUUUUGGUGUGUGGAAGAAUAAAUGGAGAAUUAUCAGAAACAUGCCAUCUUUUCCAUUCCAUAUCCAAAUACUUAUUGUAUCUGCUACUAUGGCUCUUCAUAAUUUUGUUAGACUAAAUGAUAGGGAUGAUAGGGGCUUCAUAAAUGCCAAUCGAGAUUCAAUUUCUAGAAGAGAAAAUAAUAGUGAAGCAGAUAGCAGUUAUGAGCAGAAUUUAGGAUCUUUAACAAACCCUGCAAUGGUGGUUCUUCGUGAUUCCAUUGCUAAUUCCAUUUGGGGGGAUAAUAAUUAG